GUCGGUUGUUGUUGCUCCAAUUUCUUAUUUUGGUGCAUGCGAGUGAGGGGCUUUGUAAAUUAAUUUGUUCUAGUAAUAGUACGGUAGCUAAUAGUAGUAUUUCUGUGAUUGGUGUUGCAGAUUGAUCAAGUGAAUAUAAUAUUGGUAAUGAUGGAUCUGAAGGAAUGGUCAUCAUCUUCUGAGGAAUUGAAUGUGAACAGGAAAUGUUGCGCUGAUUGCAAAACCACCAAGACCCCACUCUGGAGAGGAGGACCAGCUGGACCCAAGACUCUAUGCAACGCUUGUGGAAUUAGGUAUCGGAAGAGAAGGGCAUGUUGGAGGAAGGGAGAGUUGAAGAAACAGAAACAGAAACAGAAACAGAGGUGGAAGAUGCUGGGGGAAGAGGAACAAGCGGCGGUGUGUUUGAUGGCCCUGUCCUGUGGUUUUGUUUUCGCUUGAGCAUUCCUUAAUUUAGCUCAUUCGAGGUAACCUAAGACAAUCCUUUUUGAUGUCGUACGUAUAGUAUAGCUAACCCUUUUGGGAGUUGUAAAGCUCAAAAUGUGAAACGUAGUGUAGCCUUUGUUUCUUUUUAGGCUUUUCCCCUUUCUUUGUUUAUAGAGGAUGAUAUGAUAUUAUAGGUUCAGUUAGUUAGUGAUGUAAGUAUUUCAGAUUAAUGGGUGAUUAUUACAAUAUAGUGUUCUCUGUUCCUUUGUUC